UCAGCUGGUCGAGUUUGAUUCCACUGCUUCUCACUUCCCUUCAAAAAGAAAUCAUGGCACUGACCUGCAUUGCUAUUAUUCUUGGUUUAGCACAUCUCCUUACUGCUAAACCCCUGGAUUGUGAGCCUCUAGUUCCAGAAACCAUUGACAAUGCAACAAUGACCAAGCUGCUGGGCAAAUGGUUCUACAUUGUUGGGGCCUCUCAGCACCCACGCACCCUAAAGGAGAUGGAAUUGAUAAAGAAUGCUUAUUACUUCAUAUACCCUAGCAGCCAUCAAGACAACUUCCCCGUCACACAAGUCAUGAAACUGAAGGACAAGUGUGUGGUGGACAACUCCAGUUACAUUUCAGUCAUCUGGGACAAUUUUACAAUGAUCCUGCACGGGCCAAACGAAACUGGCAUAGCACAACUUAUCAAGAGCCGCUCUGAAGACACUAUGACACUAUACCACAUUGAUGGGACCCACAAAGGGUUAUCGAUCUCGGCCCGGGCCCAAAACAUGAGCACAGAGCAGCUGGAAGAAUUCAAAACUCAAGUGGCAUGCCUUGGACUGAAGGAAGAGGAAACAUUCUAUUCUCUAGAUAAGGAUCUGUGUCCCAUGGAAGAAGAAAGAUGACAAAAAGCACUCAGUUGAACUGGUAGAAUCAUCACUGGGGUAACUCACAUUUCCACGGCAACGUUGCUCUCCACACUGGAUAUCAGCAGUUGUUAAUUCUCUUCCACCUGUUUAGCCACUGAAGGAUCUCCCCUUGUUGCAUCUGACCAUGUGGUUUCUUUGGCACAAACUACUGACAUUUUCAUUUUGUGUUCUGCACCUUUACAUUUCUAAGCACUCUUCACGCAUGCAGAGCUCAGCAACCAUUUGUUCUCAGCUCUUAGUGCAGACUUUCACAAAGGAGACCCACACACUAUGCUCUCUCCUGAAGACUUUACUUUCGUUCUUUCUUGUUGAUUUAAAAAUAAAGAUAAA